GGGGCACACUACAACGUGGCCGCCCGAUAAAUGCCACGCCCGGGUGACACAGAGCGCACUCACUGCUCCUCCAUCCCGGACAGCGGCCGCUUCAUCCUCCUCCUCCUGCUGCAGGCGCCUCAGAGUCCAUAGCGAUGGCUUGUAUCCAUGAAAUUCUGGGCAAGCUGAAAUUGGAAGGAAACCAAUCCAGCUCCUACCAGUCACAAUUGGGUACUGUGAGGCCUUCCACAAACUUUGAUGCAGAUAAAGAUGCUCAAACGCUUGAAACUGCCAUUAAGACAAAAGGUUGCGAUGAACUAACAAUCAUCAACAUUUUAACACGCCGCAGCAAUGAACAGAGGCAGGACAUCGCAUUUGCCUAUCAGAGGAGAACCAAGAAGGAUCUUCCAUCAGCAUUGAAAGGUGUCCUAUCUGGUCAUCUUGAGACUUUAUUACUUGGACUUAUAAAGACACCAUCUCUCUAUGACGCUUCAGAACUGAAAUCCGCAAUGAAGGGCCUUGGUACAGAUGAAGACACUCUUAUUGAAAUUAUUUGCUCUCGAGACAAUGCGGAACUACAUGCAAUCCAAGCAGCAUACAGAGAAUUAUACAAGACAGAAUUAGAAAAAGACAUUGUGUCAGACACUUCAGGAGACUUCAGAAAGUUAAUGGUCGCUCUUGCUAAGGGAAAAAGACAGGAGGAGAGUUCUGUAGUAGACUAUGAAAAGAUUGACCAGGACGCCAGAGAACUGUACGAGGCUGGAGUUAAGAAGAAGGGAACAGAUGUCAGUAAAUGGAUUUCAAUCAUGACUGAAAGAAGCAUUCCACAUCUACAGAAAGUCUUUGAGAGGUACAAGAGCUACAGUCCAUAUGACAUGCAAGAGAGCAUUAAGAAAGAAGUGAAGGGUGACCUGGAGAAUGCUUUCCUCAAUCUGGUUCAAUGUAUUCAGAACAAACCACUCUAUUUUGCUGAAAGAUUGUACGACUCCAUGAAGGGCAAAGGAACAAAGGAUAAAGUGUUGAUCCGGAAUAUGGUUUCUCGAAGUGAAGUGGACAUGCUGAAAAUUAGAGCAGAAUUCAAGAAGAAAUAUGGCAAAUCUCUGUCUUACUUCAUUGGCCAAGACACAAAAGGAGACUAUCAGCGUGCCCUGCUAAACCUAUGUGGUGGUGAUGACUGAGCUCCUAAAAAUCCUCCCAUCUGCCUUACUGCUUGUCCUAAAACAGAAGUCUGCACAGAGCUUCCAAUGGCCUGUAAUCCCCAGUCGCUUUCUGUUCUAUACAGUGUAAUGAC